UGGGGGUUGAGGACGUGCCAUCGCAUCACCGAUGAGGUUAUUUUAGGCAAUCGGGUUGAGCGACGUGUUCAUGGGCCUGGGCACUUCCUCCUAAGUCAGACUCAUAAAGUCUGAGCCCUCUGCUGCACUAUGGCCGAGUGGGACUACGACUACCUGAUCAAGCUGCUGGCCCUCGGGGACUCGGGGGUGGGAAAGACCACCUUCCUCUACAGUUACACCGACAACAAGUUCAACCAGAAGUUCACGACCACGGUGGGCAUCGACUUCCGGGAAAAGAGAGUGAUGUACGCAGGGAGGGGGGCAGACGGGAAGACCGAGAGGAACUUCAAAGUGCACCUUCAGCUUUGGGACACAGCGGGACAAGAGAGGUUCCGCAGCCUCACCACCGCUUUCUUCAGAGACGCCAUGGGCUUCCUGCUGAUGUUCGACCUGACCAGUCAGCAAAGUUUCCUCAACGUCAGGAACUGGAUGAGUCAGCUGCAGGCCAACGCCUACUGCGACAGUCCUGAUAUCGUGCUGGUGGGCACCAAGGCGGACCUGCUGGACGUGAGGGAUGUUCAGGCCAGACAGGCCAGAGACCUGGCAGACCGAUACGGCAUCCCGUACUUUGAAACGAGCGCGGUGUCGGGUGUGGACGUGGACCAGGCGGUGACCACCCUGCUGGACCUGGUGAUGAAGCGGAUGGAGCAGAGCGCCCAGGUGGUGCCCAGCUCCGAACCCAACGGCAGCCCCGUCACCAGCCACGAAGUCCAGGAGGCUCCCGUCAGGGGGUCGUGUGCCUGCUGAUGUUACGCCCUGCAGCCACUGGGUACUCGCCAGGGUUCCUGCUGGGUGUCAUUUUAAAAUCAAGUAAAAAAAAUGUGCAUAAUUGAGGGGAAAUCCGGACGGAUAUUGUUGUCACUGUGUAAAUUCUUCACUUCACAUCUGCUGUCCAUCAUGUACUUUAUCACAGCUUGUGCAUUCAGAGAGAGAGGAAGAAAGAGCGUUCAAGACACCAAGACCGAUCUGUAUAUAGCAAGUAAAUACCGGUAUUGUAAAAAAUGCUUUGAAUGCAUCAAGUGGUCGUUUUCCAGGUGAAAAUUCCAUUCGUUAUCAGAGAAAAAUACUGUUUUUAUUUGACACAUUGAGGCAUUGAUGAAAGGAAUAUGCAGGCACAUAACGUAUAUUUAUCAUGGAUUAUAAUCAAAAACAUUUAAGACGUGGUUACAUUUCUUAUAUGAACGAUCGUUUUUGUUAGAACAACCAUGAUAGCAAAGUCACUGACAUGAUCUAUGACUUUUUUUUUUACGACAUGUACAUAAGCAGCCAAGCUUUUUUAUGCAUUAUGGAACAAAGUUGCCAUGCAGAUUGAACACAAGUACAAGAAUGUUAAAGGGUUGUUGGAACAAAUCCUGUAUAGUGCUGCGUUUGGAAUAAAGACAUUUUUCGUUUAGGGUUA